UAGUUUGCCAUAUACUUUAGCACUUUCCUCAUCAUCUCAUCAGUUGCUGGUUCAAGAGAUACCUGGAUCCAACGAUGCUUAAGAAAGAAGUCAAGCCUUACUGGAAUUUUUCAGUCAAGGUUUUACAUGGGAAUAUCAAAAUGAAAUGCGACUACUUUUCUGAAGCUGACUGCUAUGUUAUCUUGAACUUACCCACGGCAUCUGCCCGUACAUAUCGCACCAAGACGAUUGAUAAUAGCAACACACCUGUAUGGAAUGAAACCUUUCACUUUAGGUUGCAGAGCAAUGUCAAGAAUAUAUUGGAGUUCCAGGUCUAUGACAGUGACCAGUAUAGGGAUGAUCUUAUUGGCACUGUUCUGUUUGACACUGAUAACCUCACACCAGAAAAGAUUGAGAAAAAAUGUUUCAUUUUAAAUGAUAAGACCAAAGAUGAGCUGUGGGUGGAGUUUGAGAUGACAAAGAGCUCUGAGAUGGCGAGUCCAUGCAUGUCUAAUGGGGUGUUGGUGGCAGGUCCUUUUUGUGAGCUGACGGUGGGGGUAGACAAGCUUUUUAAGAACUCUGGAGCGCUACGUAAUAUGGUGUUGAACCUGAAAGGGGCAUAUAAAGAGGAUCAUGUCAUCUCACAAGAGGAGGAUCAGAAAUGCUUAAAGCCAUUAUGUUAUUACAUCAACCGAAACCUGGAAACUGAACUUAAUUUGACCUCUAAAAAUCAAGAUGAUGGUGCAAAUCAAAACACUCAAGACACUGGGACUUCUAUCCCUUUAAUAGCAGUAUCAUCCAACUACCACAUGACAAUGUCUUUGCCCCUGGCACAGGAAAAAGUUGAUGUGGAGCUGAAAGCGGACGAUCGUGUUAAGGAAGAGCUCGAUGUACGUCUGGAAUUUGAUAUCCCGAAGGAAGAAAAUAAUUUUCUGGUAAAGAGGAGUAAAGUUGUAUCACAGGCCCUUCAGAAAGUUCUGAAUCUCACCACUACACCUGAACCCAGAAAGGUUCCAGUGAUCGCUGUGGUGUGUUCAGGAGGUGGGACUCGGGCAAUGACGGGCACCUAUGGAGCUCUUAGAGGUCUGCAGAAGCUCCAACUCCUUGAUGCUGUCAGCUACAUCACAGGGCUUUCUGGCUCCACCUGGACUUUAGCUUCUCUUUAUGAAGACCCUAACUGGUCCAAAAGUGACAUCAUUAAGUUCAUAGAGUCUUCAAAGAAAGAAAUCUCUAAAAGUACAUUCAGUAUAUUUUCCCGUGAGCAGCUGUCAUACUACAAAAAGAAGAUGGAGGAAAGAGGAAAAGAAGGGCAUAUUGUCUCUCUUAUUGACAUGUGGGGUCUAGCUAUCGAGUAUCUUAUUCAAGGAAAGAAACCCUUCGGUACACUGACUGACAUGCAGAAGGCACUGUCAGAAGGCCAGAACCCUUUACCCAUCUUUACAGCUGUUAAUAUGAAGGAUGGCAAUUUAGAAUGUACAGCAGAGGCCGAAUGGUGUGAGUUCACCCCAUAUGAAGUUGGCAUUUCUAAGUAUGGUGGGUUUGUACCUGCUCAGAACUUUGGGAGUGAAUAUUAUCUUGGUCACCUGGUCAAGAAAGUUCCUGAAACCAUGGUGUCCUUUCUGUUGGGAAUAUGGAGCAGUGUUUUCUCUCUGAAUCUGACAAGUAUCUGGCAGCACGCAACUGGCAUCACCCCUUCAUGGACCCAAGGGGCUGAAAAGGAAGCAAGUAACACAAAAACUGAUAAUAAGCCAAGAAAACUCAGCACGUCCUUGUUGAGCCCAGUGGCUGACUCAGCUAAAAGGGUGAGCAGUUUUAUGAACAGUCGCCCAAUCAUCAGCCAGAUGUCCAACUUCCUGAGGGGUCUGCAGCUACACCGGGAUUACAGCGAGAACUCUGCCUUCGUCGCAUGGAAAGAAAAACACGCAGAUGCCUUUCCUAACACCCUGACUCCAAUGGAUUCCCUGCUUAGCUUAGUUGAUGGUGGAUUUGCCAUCAAUUCAGGAUUCAUCCCUGUGUUAGGCUCCCAAAGACAUGCAGAUGUCAUUCUUUCUCUUAACUACUCCUGGAACCCAGACCAGUUUAAAAUCCUGAAGCAAACUUAUGACUACUGUAUUGAUCGCAAGAUUCCAUUUCCAAAGAUUGAUUUCAAAAAGGUGGAGUCAGAGCCGAUACAGGAAGUUUAUGUGUUUGAGGAUCAAGAAAAUCCAGAGGCUCCAAUAGUGAUUCACUUUCCCUUGGUCAACAUAACAUACAAACAAUUCAAGGCUCCUGGUGUGAAAAGAGUUGGUGAAAUGGAACUGAAGGAGGGAGAUGUUAAUGUUAACCUCACUGGUGACUCCUCCCCUUACAUCACUCGCAAAAUUACAUACACACCGGAGGACUACGACAAGUUAAUUAACCUCACUUCCUACAACAUCCUAAACAACAAAGAUGUCAUUUUGAAAACGCUGAACCAAGCAGUUAAGAGGAAAUCCAAAUAAAAAGUUAAUGUCCUUCAAUGAAGCUGGCUAGCAAAAGCACAAAAGUCUUAGGAACAGUGAUUUGAAUCUUUUUAGUAUUUGCUCUUAAAUGUCCAUCCAGAAAAGUAAUUUAAUCCCUCACCAUGUCAAAAGUGUUUAAAUGUAUUAAAGGGGCCAUGGCAUGAAAAUGUUAGCAUUGCCACUUUGUAUGUGUGAGCAAAAAUUUGGUCUUGAAAUAUGGCUCUGCUUAUGAUGUCAUAAGGACAUCUUAUUAUAAUAAUACCACCCCUUAAUCUGUACUAUCCAACCACAACACUGCCAUUAAGUGCAGAGAGAAAGAGAAAGAGAAAAAAUAAUUGACAGCAUAAUUGAGUUUGAAUCGCAUCAAACCACCAUCAUUGUGAUCAGUGUUUGCACUUCAUCGCUCAUUUGCAUAUUAAAGGACACACAAACAAUUACACAUUUUUGCUCACCUACAAAGUGGCAAUGCUAACAUUUUUAUGCCAUGGCCCCUUUAAAUGUUUUUUUUGCCAUAUGACAGUGUAUGCAUAUAUGAUUUAUUGAUGUUAACACCUGAAUAAAAAUAAGAGCAUUUGUCAAUUUA